GCAGCCCCGCGCGUCCGGCCGCCGCCCGUGCCCAUCAAGCCUCCGCGCCGGAGCCACACCGCGGGACAGCCGGGGCCGCGGCGCGCCCCGGCUCGGCUCGGCCCAGCCCAGCCCAGUCCCGGCACCGGGCGGCCCGGCGGCCGGCCCGCCCCGAGGGCGCCGGGCGCGGCGGGAGGAUGCCGAAGCCGACGCUGCUGCUGCGCGGGGGCUGGGAGCGCGAGCGCAGCCCCGGGGACUCGGAGCUGGGCCGCCAGUUCCGGGACUGGUGCCUGCGCACCUACGGCGACUCGGCCAAAACCAAGACGGUGACACGCAGUAAAUACCAGCGGAUCGCCGAGGUCCUGCAGGGCGGCGGCGGGACCGGCGCGGGUAGCGGCCCGGCAGCCGGCGAGAAAGGCAAGUUCCAGUUCUGGGUGCGCUCCAAGGGCUUCCGCCUGGGCAGCGGCCGGGAACCCAAGAUGGGCCAAGUGGUGUAUGUGCCGGUCAAGACGGGCUCGGGGGCAGAUGGCCUGUCGGAGCCGGAGGGCAUCUCUCUGAAGCGGGUCGCUGUGGUGGAAGAUUUCUUUGACAUCAUCUACUCGAUGCAUGUGGAGAGCUCAGCGGAGCCCGGCAAAGCCCCCAAGCACGCUGGGCAGAAGAAAACCUACCGAGCGAUCGCAGAGACCUACGCCUUCCUUCCACGGGAAGCCGUGACCCGGUUCCUGAUGAGCUGCACGGAGUGUCAGAAGAGGAUGCACUUUAAUUCCAAUGGCCUGGAGCCCAAAGAAAACGAGCCUCCAUCUCCUCUGGUCUCCGGGAUCAUCGAUUACAACAUGCCCCUCACCUCCACGUACCUGAAACAGAUGAAGUUGCGCGUGAUGAAUUCCCAGGAGCAGGAUGAAACUUCUGUGAGCAGUGAAGAUUUUGAUAUGAAUGACUCCACAUGGAUGUCAGCUGACCCACACCUGGCCUCCAGCCUGAGUCCCAGCCAGGACGAGAGGAUGCGGAGCCCACAAAACCUCCACAGUCAAGAGGAUGACGACUCCUCCUCUGAGAGCGGCAGCGGUAAUGGCUCCUCCACCCUGAACCCGUCGACCUCCAGCAGCACGCAGGGAGACCCGGCCUUCCCCGAGAUGAACGGCAACGGCGCCGUGGCCCCCAUGGACUUCACCGCCAGCGCCGAGGAUCAGCCCAUCAACCUGUGUGACAAGCUCCCGCAGGGCUCUACUCUGGGCACGCCCUCCUACCCCUCCGAUGGCUGCAGCGCCGAUGGACUGCGGAGCCGCGUCAAGUACGGGGUGAAGACCACCCCCGAGUCCCCCCCUUACAGCUCGGGAAGCUACGACUCCAUCAAAACCGAGGUCAGUGGCUGCCCCGAGGACCUGACCGUGGGCCGGGCCCCCACGGCAGAUGAUGACGACGACGACCACGACGACCACGAGGACAACGACAAGAUGAACGACUCGGAGGGCAUGGACCCGGAGCGCCUCAAGGCCUUCAACAUGUUCGUGCGCCUCUUUGUGGACGAGAACCUGGACCGCAUGGUGCCCAUCUCCAAGCAGCCCAAGGAGAAGAUCCAGGCCAUCAUCGAGUCGUGCAGCCGGCAGUUCCCCGAGUUCCAGGAACGGGCCCGCAAGCGCAUCCGCACGUACCUCAAGUCCUGCCGGCGCAUGAAGAAGAAUGGCAUGGAGAUGACCAGACCCACACCUCCCCACCUGACCUCGGCCAUGGCAGAAAACAUCCUGGCAGCUGCCUGCGAGAGCGAGACGAGAAAAGCGGCCAAAAGGAUGCGCCUGGAGAUGUACCAGACCUCUCAGGACGAGCCCAUAGCCCUGGACAAGCAGCACUCCCGGGACCCCACAGCCAUCGCCCACUCCACCUACUCACUGCCAGCCUCCUACUCCCAGGACCCCGUGUAUGCCAAUGGUGGCCUCAACUACAGUUACCGUGGUUACGGGGCCUUGGGCAGCAACCUGCAGCCUCCUGCCUCCCUCCAAACGGGAAAUCACAGUAAUGGGCCCACGGACCUCAGCAUGAAAGGCGGGGCCUCUACCACCUCCACCACGCCCACGCCCACCCCCUCCAGCAACAGCACCAGCCGGACCAUGCCCACCGCCCAGCUCAGCCCUACCGAGAUCAGCGCCGUGCGGCAGCUCAUCGCCGGCUACCGAGAGUCCGCCGCCUUCCUGCUGCGCUCGGCAGAUGAACUGGAGAACCUCAUUCUGCAGCAGAACUGACCCUGUGGCUGGUGGAGUGCACUACCCUAGGGAAGGAGGCUCUCCCGGCCCUGGACCGGCUUCCCGCCUCACCAGUUUGGUACCCUUUGUUUUUUGAAAGAGGUGGAUCCAAAAGAGCUGUUUCUAAGCCACACUCCAAGCGCCUGAGACUCUGGGCACAAGGACACUUUUUUUUUUUUUGGAAUCUCACCACACGGGUGCUCUGACCUGCUUGGAAGAGGCCAACGGGGCAGCUUCGGAAGGGCUGGGCUCCUCCUCCCCGACGAGGCGCUGGGGCCACAGCUCUGUGUAGAAUCAUCUUCGUGGGCCCUGAUGUUAGACCCCCCCACCCCCAGAUAAUUACCUUUCAAGUCUUAGGUGAGCAGAAUCGCAUAUUUAUUGAGAAAAACAAAGUGGACCCUUUCUUCCUCUCCCCUUAGUAAUUUAUUUUUCUGAAAAUGGAUUCUUUUGUGUUUGUACAGAUUGCCAGUCUGUGUGUGUCUGAUCAGAAGGCUGUGUCCCUGUGACCUAACGUUCCAUAUCACUACACUGGCACGGGCUGGGGGCCAGCAGAGCGGGGCGGCGGGGGCACCGGGCCGGUCGGCUCUUGAGUGCCCGGCACUGCCAAGCAGGAGGGCCUCACCCACACCCACUGCAGAGCAAAGACAGAAAAAAAUGGCUCCCCACCCCCCACCCCCACAGACGCUCCAGGCACACGGUCACCCGUAUUCUACCUCACACUCCAGCGUGGGCUUUUCCAGGGUGUGCCCCGAGCCUGUUCUGAACGGCUGUCUCCCACCUGCCCCCCAAGGGUGUCUGCCCGGGAGCUAAGUCCAGAGGGGGAGGCCAGGAGCUGGAGCCCUGGGAGGACCUCGGCCCACGAAAGUCGCCACUGGCUGUCCCCUGGCCUCGGCGCUUGACGGGACAGAGAGCUGGGAGAUGGCAGCUGGUCAGCAGGGCCCUUGCCCUCAGCCUGCCCCAGGGGCCAGGUCUGCACACAUCUCUGCACAGGCUCUGGCCCCUUGGACACCUGCAGCCUUGAAGGGCCCCGUUUCUUCAGGGACCCUGGCUGUCAGAAGAGGCAGCUGUGAGCUACCAGGCGGACUGCAGCUCCCUCCCCCAUGCCCCCGUGGUUGGAGUAAAAGGGACCAUCAGAGAAAUGGAGAAGCCACUGGGGUUCUCCAAGGACCAGCCCUUCUGAAGGGGCCAGUCCUAGAAGAAACCCAUAAUCCCUGGAGUGUGAGAAAGGGCAAACAAAAGGCUGGCCUGGUUUCCUUCCUCCCCAAUAGGCACUUCCUCUUGCUCAGUGCAAUACCUACCAGUGCUGCUAAAACCAGGGAUUUGCCCAGACCUCACAAGGCCCGCAGGGCCUCUCCGUGCACCACUCCGUAGCCAUGACAGCAGCUCUCUGCUGCCCGCCCCUGCCCAGAUGGCAGAAGCCCUCUGUUGCCUUUCCUCCCUCAGAGCAAAGAGGUCCCAGGGGAGCCCGGGCCAAGGGGACCCUAGGAUUGAGAGCCACUCGACCCCAAAGCAGGCACCCCCUCCCAAACCAGCUUUUCUGCAGCCAGCUGCCUGCCGGCACUGUGGCAGACCGCCCUCAGGAGGGGUAGGGAGAGGGUUCCAGCGAGGACUCCUCCCCCUCUUCAGAUCCAGGACUUGAGCUGUGGGCCCCGGAUUCCAGAAAGUCGGAAGGGCAGGGGGGUCUUGCCCCCCUCUGCUUGCUUCCAGCCCCUGGAGGUUGAGGGUGGCCUUUUCUCUCUCAAGUGGCCUCCAGCACCCCACCUGGCCACACCACCUCUGCCUUCCAUCUGACCAGUCCCCAGGCUCCGGUCAGGACACCGAGACCUGCCGCCCUCAGCACAGCACAAGCUCCGGUGCCCGAGGCCGCCCCCACGCCCCAGCGUCCACACGUCCAGCCCCCACCUGCUCAGUACUACUCCCGGACGUUUGAAUUUAUGUAAAUAUUUAUUUUUGUGUGUGAACGAUACUACAAAUCAGUAGGUCUUUUGCAAAAUGUUACCCCAGGCAAUUUGUGAAAAUCUUAAUGUUGAAAACUGGCAGAGACAAUCGCCGCCUUACUUAGAAUUCUUGAUAUCAACUGCUUAACAUGUCGUUUCUCCUCCUGGAGGCAGUACCCGGGCCAGGCACGAAUGGUUCGCUUCUCUUGAGAGACAGGAGUGAGAAAGAUUGGGGAAGGGGCUCCCGCCACCCCCGACACAAGGGAUUCGACGUGAAGAUCAGUAUAGGCUACAGUGUGAAGCCGUGGUUUUGAGUCAAGCUUGUCCUAACUGACCACCUUCAGCAGCCUGAGCACUGCUGUAAACAGUGGCGGUUCAGUGUGUGUCAGAGAGGAAACGAGUGCUCGUGGUCAGGGCCCACUGGGGCUUCCAGAGCCCCUGCAGGACAGUGGGUCCCGUCACGAUGACCCCGCCUCUUGGUGGGCUCCUUCCUGGCGAAGCUCCACGUGAAGCUCUCGUGAUGGCAGGAUCAGGAGCAAGUUGCUGUGUGGAAAUAGCAUAUUCCAUUAGCUAGUCCAGUCAGGGAACUUGUUCGGUUUCGUUUUUGUUUUAAAAGACACAGCGUCAACCCCGUCCCUUUCCUCCUGACUUGGGAGAGCACCAAAGAGCUGGCUCUGCGGAACCUCGCUCGCUGCUGUUCCCCCACCCCGGGGACUGCCUUCUCCCCGAGGGAGCGCCCACAGCCAGUUCUUACGGAGGGCCUCAGGGCACAGAUAGAUGAGUUGGGAUCCUAAGUUUAAAAGGAAAUGCUAGAGUAGUAUACCAGUUCCAGAGUCUUCGCAGGGGGCUAAUCCCACGAGGUUGGAAUCAGAGGAGAAGUGGGGAUUCGGUCUUGGUGGUGGAUCAUCUUAGUAGACCAGUAAGAGUAUAACCCAUCUACAGUUCAUUUCAUCGUCACCACUCAGUUUAUACCCGAGGACAGUGUUGAGGGGGAGGGGGACCGGCAGCGGGGUUAGAAAGGUUUUAGAGGAUUUCACACAGGAGGAACCCAGCCAUCCCAAUCCCCAAGGGCCACUUUCCACUCCAGGGGUGGUUACAGGAUUAACUACCAGUUCAUUUUCAAAAUGCUGCUUUGAACUCAGAGGGUUGAUACUUUUAAUUUGUAAUUUUUUGUAAAACUUUUUACAAGAUAGUAAAGUAUUUCACCAGAAUACCAGUUUCAAUCCGUCCAUGGUCUGAUUUUUAUAUAAUUUAGUGGUGCUUUAGAAACUUUGUUUUUGUUGUUUCUGAGCUUAACAGCUCAGCCCUUUUUCGCCUGUAUCUACCUAAGACCAAUGUGAACCUUUGUAUUUUUGCUCCUAAUUUUGGACUCAGUGAAAGUGUACUGUUUACAUGUACAGAUGCCCCGGUCCCUGUGUGUCCUGCAAGACUCGCUCCCGAGGAGGAAGGUGCACCUCACUAGGCUCAUCUGCUUAGCAAAGCCACAAGACAAAAACCUCUCACGUUUGACCUACGUUUCCACCUAAAAACAAAAACAAAAAAACCCUACACCACACGGAACUCAGAUUUGCUGAAAAAUACUUUUCUAAGCUCAGAAAAAUCUCUGUGCGGCAGAUGGCCAUGUGCCUGUCAUGUGGUCCGCUUAAGAGCAGGCUCAGGAGGGAGGCUUCUUGGUGGCGGCGGGUGGGUAACCGCGUGCACUCGUGAGAUGGGGCGCAGGGCUUGGCCGCAGAGCUGCGGUGGAAAGAGCUCCUCUCCCGGCAGCCUGGGAAUGGGGAGGCCAUGCUAACUCGUACGACCUUUAGGAUCAAGCCACCCAAGGUUCAGGGACAACCCAAGAGGGUUGCCAAUCCCUUCAGACAUAUUUGGGAAGAGGCCAAGUUCUCUGCCUGAGAUGAGUUUUAAGACUUUCCAAUGCAGAUGGUAGAAGCAUUUCUUCAGGGUCCCCUAGAGGCAGCUGGUUCAUGAGGCAUGACCUCUGGGGAGGGGCAGGGGGCUCCAGACAGUAAGCAUAUGGCACUUAAGGCAAACAGCAGAUGGCACCAACUUUUUAAAGGUGACUCUAUUACUUCGUCAAUGGCUUCACCUCUAAAUUAUAUUUUUACAGAUAUGCACCUAUGCAACUUAACGUGGCUCUUCUAAGCAGGUGAGGACUUCCUCCUCAAUGCUCUAUAAAAAUGAUUUGUGUUCUCUAUAGUGAGUUUUUCCAGUAAAUGUGGCUUAAUAUUUUAAUUCUUAGAAUGUGUCUUCUCUAUGUGAUGCAACUCAAUUCUGUUUUGUUUGUGGAAUGACUAGCACAGGCCAACUCCCUCUCCCCUCACUUAACAAAAGACCAAUGAGCUGUUAAUCGAGCUGUUAUCUCCAUGGUAUUACUUGCUAAAUGCACUGAUUUCAUAAGUAUGUGGAAUCCUUUUCCUUUUGAAUCUGUAUAUCAUAUAUAAGACUGAAUCUACUUAAUAAACACUGAAUAACAAACCGAA